CGCGUUUCCCGUGUGGCCUGCGAUAUGGCUGGCGCCCCACUGCCGCCCAGCGCCAGUUUUCACCGGAGCCGACCCGCAGAGAGACGCCAUGACCUGUAUAGGGUGGCGCGGCGCGGCCGCCGCUCUGCUGCUGCUGACCGGCCCACUGGCGCGCGCCGUGCCGCCGCCGUGUCCCAACACAAGCUGGGUGGAGUCGCCCGCCGGCGACUGCUUCCUGCCCCUGCACCUGCAGUCGCCCGUGACGGCCGACCAGGCGCUGGCGCUCUGCACAGAUGCGGCGCCGGGAUCGUACCUGCCCGAGACGCUCGAUCCAGAGACAAACUUCAUAGUGCAGAUGGUGGCCGAGCAGGAUGUCGGCGUCAGUCGGUGGGUCUGGCUGGGACUGCGGCGUCCCUCCGAGUGGGACGACUUCGCCUGGCCGUCCGGCGCGCCGCUGGUGUUCGAGUACUGGGCGUCCGGCAGCCCGAGCGACUGGCCCGACAACUGCGUCUACAUGUUCAGCGACGGCACCUGGGACAACGGCAGCUGCCACUCAGACGCCCACUACGUCAUCUGUCAGACCAGGGCACAGUGAUGCCACUUGGCUUACACGACUACACUGAGGUCACGUGACAGGCCAAGAUACCUACCGUGCAUGAUAUGGUGAAAUGGAGAAUAUGAUCUUUCUUAUUUCUUGAAGAAAAUGAUUCGACCAUCA